AUGGCAUUUCAUGGUGACGUGGCCGAGGGAGGUGGAGCCAAUGAAGAAUUCAAUGAAAUCAUCAAAUGGAGAUCUGAGGUUAGGCAGAACAGACGGAGGCAGAGCACGCGUCAAAAGCAACUGGAGAUGGUUCACAGGACCACGUUUGCUGAGAGCAACAGAGAGACAGAGAGAGAGAAAGUAACUCUGGAGGUGACCAAUGACAGCAGAGAAAAGGGACGACAAGAAUGCAGGGAUGGUGAUGCGGAUGGAGCUCAGAGUAAAACACCCCUCUACAGUACAUUGAGACAUUCCUGUGCUCUGCAGAGCAGCAGCGGCAGCCGAGAUGAACAUGAUGCAGUACAGAAGAAAACGUUCACCAAAUGGAUAAAUGCACAACUCUCCAAGACAGGCAAGGUGCCCAUCAAAGAUAUGUUCUCUGACCUCAGGGAUGGCAGGAAGCUGCUUGACCUGCUGGAGGGUCUUACUGACACUGCCCUGACCAAAGAGCGUGGCUCCACCAGAGUGCACUCCCUCAACAAUGUCAACAAAGUGCUUCAAGUCUUGCAUCAAAAUAAUGUGGAUUUGGUAAACAUAGGCGGAACAGAUAUCGUGGAUGGAAACCACAAGUUGACAUUGGGCCUCAUCUGGAGUAUCAUCCUUCACUGGCAGGUGAAAGACAUCAUGAAGGACAUCAUGUCCAAUCUGCAGCAGACCAACAGUGAAAAGAUCUUGCUGAGUUGGGUUCGGCAGUGCACAAGCUCGUACCCAGAAGUCAACGUGCUUAAUUUCACAACGAGCUGGGCUGACGGCCUGGCGCUCAACGGCAUCCUUCACCACUUCAGGCCAGAUGCAUUCAGCUGGGAUAAGGUGGUCACACUGAGCCCCGUAGAGAGACUCGACCAUGCAUUCUCUAUAGCCAAAGACCAGCUUGCAAUUGAAAGGCUCCUGGACCCUGAAGAUGUGGCGGUGCAGUUACCAGAUAAAAAGUCCAUCAUCAUGUACGUAACCUCGCUUUUCGCCGUGCUGCCCAAAGACGUGAGCAUGGAGGCCAUCAGGGAAGUGGAGACCCUGCCUCGUAAAUACAAAGUGGACGCUGAGGGCUCGGGUCCGGGGCUCAGCAUGCAGAAUGUGCAGAUGGAGAAGGCAGGUAGCAGCCCACGGCCUGAGAGCCCCAGUGCUCUGACCGAGGGAGACAUGGAGGGCAGCCUGCUGGAGGUGGACCUUGACAGCUACCAGACUACAUUGGAGGAAGUUUUGACUUGGCUUCUGUCAGCUGAGGACGCACUACAGGUUCAGGAGGAGGUGUCGGACGAUGUGGAGGAAGUCAAAGAACAGUUUCACACCCAUGAGGCCUUUAUGAUGGAGCUGACGGCACAUCAGAGCAGUGUGGGUAAUGUGCUGCAAGCAGGUAACCAACUUAUUGCCCAGGGCAACCUCACUGAAGAAGAGGAAGAGGAAAUCCGGGAGCAGAUGAGCCUCCUCAACUCUCGCUGGGAGAGCCUGCGAGUGGCCAGCAUGGACCGGCAGGCCAGGCUCCAUGAAGUGCUGAUGGAUCUUCAGCAGAAACAGUUACAACAGCUUUCUGAUUGGCUGACGCUGACAGAGGAGAGAAUCAAAAGGAUAGAAACAGCACCAGCAGCUAAGGACUUGGACAUCUACAAAGAACAGAUAGAGCAACACAAAGAACUUCAGAAUGACUUGGAGGCGGAGCAGGUGAAGGUCAACUCUCUGACCCACAUGGUGGUCGUCGUUGAUGAGAACAGUGGUGAGAGUGCCACAGCUGCCUUGGAAGAGCAACUGCAAUCUUUGGGUGAGCGCUGGGCUGCCGUGUGCCGCUGGACAGAAGAAAGGUGGAACAAGCUGCAGGAAAUCUUUAUGGUUUGGCAGCAGCUGCUGUCAGAUCAGAGUUUGUUUCGAGUGUGGUUGGCUGAAAAAGAAGAGGCCUUAAAUGCAGUACAGACCAGCAACUUUAAAGACCCCACUGAAAUAAACACAAAUGUCCGCCUACUGGCAAUUUUAAAGGAGGACAUGGAGAAGAAACGGAGGACUCUGGACAAGCUGUCCGACGCAGGGAAUGAUGUGAUACAGCUGCUUCACAGUGCUGAGGCCGGAGCCGAAAUCGAAGCAGACACAGAGGAGCUGGCCCAUCGAUGGGACUGCCUGGUGCAGAAGCUGGAGGAUUGCUCAUUUCAGGUAAUGGAAGCUGUGACAGACGCCGGGAUGACUCAGGAAGUGGAAGAGCAGGUCGCUGUGGAGACCUUUGCCGUGACUGACCAGGAGCUUGCCCCACCUGCUCCCCCGAAGAAACGACUGGUGGAGACGGACGCAGAAGUCAGAAGAAUGUUUGACAAUAAGAUUACUGAUUUACUGAGCUGGAUUAACGCAUGGAAGGCGUCUGCUCAGGCUUUGGCCUCCGCACAUCCUGAAAUUGCACCCGAUAGCCCAGAUCUGACAGAGAAGCUAAAGGAUCUGGAGUUGCAGCUUGCAGCCAAAGAAGCCACAGUUCGUGAAGUCAUCCUGGAGGGACGAGGCCUGAUGGAGCAGCUAGAGAGAGAGGCCGCAAAUGUAGACUCGGUCAGGACGAAUAUAGACCUGAUCCAGACUGAGUGGGAAGUCUGUGCCAGGGAGCUCCAGGCUGCCCGUGACAGGGUUGGCACUCUGAACCGACUUAGAGGGGUUUCUGCAGAACUCGCAGACUUGGACCGGGUCUUAGGGGAACAGGACCGGUGGCUGGAGUCAACCUCAGUUGGGGGAAAGUGUAACGAGGUCGAGCUUAGAAACCUGACUGAAGAAUGUCGGUCCCGCCUGCUUCAGGUCACUGCUUUCAGUCCACGACUGGAGCAGCUGUCCACAGAGACGGGAUCUCUGGGAGUGGUGCCCUCUCUAAAGGACAACAUGGUCGUGGUGUCUGCACAUCAUGCAUCCACACUGCAGCAGCUGCAGAGGAGAGAGCAGGAAGUCGAUGAAGUCUUGACCAGUCUCAAAACCACCCAGGUGGUUCAAAGUUCGGUCAACGAUCUGGAGGCCCGGGUGGCUACUUUGAGAGAAGGGAUAGUAGACAUACCAACGGCGGAGGGGGCAGUGGAGCGGGCCCAGGGCCUGUGUCUCAAGAUUGAGCAAACACAACAAGCUUCCGAUCCUGCGGAACUACAAAAAUGGAGUCAGCUGUCCUCCAGGGCCCGCGAGGAGCACGGCACAUUGCAGUGCAUUCUGGGUAGCAUGAAGGACAAUCAGGUGCGUUUGCAACAAGUGGAGUGUUGGCUGAAUGCAGUUCAGGAGCUGUUGUCUCGUGACACCACAGGGUUGGGUGACGGAGAGAACCUGCAGGAAGAGCUUCAUCAGUGUAAGGAGUAUGUUCAUGAGAUGGAGUCAGUGGAACGUUCGCUGAAGCAGAUGGAAGAGAAUGUGAGAGCUGUGCAGGCGACUGCAGUCCCAGGACUGGCCAGGUGGGGCCAAGAAAAGAUGGAAGAGUGCGAGGGGAGAUGGGCCACACUGAGCAAACAGCUCCUGAGCCAUCAGGAGCAUGUGGCCGAGAGUCAGGAGAAGCAAGUGAAUUUGAAGAAAGACCUGGCGGAGAUGCAGGAAUGGAUGACCCAAGUUGACGAAGAGUUUCUAAUGAGAGACUUUGAGUACAAGAGUCCUGAGGAGUUGGAGGCUUCGCUGGAGGAGAUGAAGCGAGCGAAAGAGGAUGUGCUGCAGAAAGAAGUGAAGGUGAAGAUCCUGAAAGACAGCAUCAACCUGCUGGUGUCUCGAAUGUCACACCCUGGUGGUGGCUUUGGACAGGAGCUGACCCCUGAGCUAGAUGGGGUACUUGGCAACUACAACAAGCUCUGCGACCGCUUAAAGAGCAAAUGUCACACCCUGGAGGAGGUUUGGUCCUGUUGGAUGGAGCUGCUUCAGUACUUGGACAUGGAGCAGAGCUGGCUCAACUCUCUGGAGGAGAAACUGCAAGCUACUGACAACCUACCAGAGAGCACAGAGGCUGUUAAUGAAGCUCUGGAGUCUCUGGAGUGUGUGCUUCGCCACCCUGGGGACAACCGGACACAAAUCAGAGAGCUGGGUCAGACGCUUAUUGACGGGGGCAUACUUGAUGAGCUCAUCAGUGAAAAACUCGAGGCCUUCAAUUCGCGCUACGAUCAACUCAACCAUCAGGCGGUGAACCGGCAGAUCAGUCUUGAGCAGCAGCUGCAGACUCUGAAGGAGAACGAGCAGGCACUCCAAACCCUGCAGGAAUCCCUAAGCCAGCUGGACCAUACGCUCACUUCCUACCUCACUGAUCGCAUCGACGCUUUCCAGCUCCCCCUGGAGUCUCAGACUAUUGGUGCAGAGAUUGCAGCCCACGAGGUGACAGUGGAGGAGAUGAGGAGAAGGAAUGUGGUGAACUUACCUCCUCCCACCACUGAUGGAAAAGCUGCCCGUGGUGGGACCAUGCUGGACCAACUACAGAGGAAACUGAGGGAGAUCUCCACAAAGUACCAGCUAUUCCAGAAGCCUGCUAAUUUUGAGCAGCGCAUGUUGGACUGUAGGAGAGUCCUGGAAGGUGCUAAAGCUGAGUUGCAUGUCCUGGACGUUAAAGACGUGGAGCCAGAGAAGAUCCAGUCCCACCUUAGUGGUUGUAUGAAAUUGUAUAAGUUGCUGAGUGAGGUGAAGCUGGAAGUGGAGACGGUGAUAAAAACAGGUCGGCAGAUUGUGCAGAAACAGCAGACAGAAAAUCCCAAAGCGAUGGAUGAACAGCUUACUGCUCUGAAACUGCUCUACAAUGACCUGGGGGCUCAGGUAACCGAGGGGAAGCAGGAUUUGGAGAAAGCUCUGUCCCUGUCUCAGAAGUUCCAGAAAGACAGUGCAUCACUGCAGGACUGGUUGGCCAUAAAUGAGAUCCAGCUCCAAAAGAAAAACAGCUUCGGAGACAUGCCUGCUGACAUUGAUGCUGAGAUUGCGUGGGCAAAUGGCCUGCUGAAGGAGUCGGAGCAUCGGAAGGCAGAUCUGUCCAGCCUGAUGGAGGCCAGUGCCGGUCUCCAGGCUCUGGUGGAGGGCAGCGAGGCUCAGCUGGAGGGCAAGCUGUGUGGCCUCAAUGAGGCCUGGGACCGUGUCCACACCUGGACCGAAGACUGGCUCAGCAAUGUUCUGAGUCAUCAGAACGAGGUGGAGAUUUUUGAUGAGAACUUGGCUCACAUCAGCACCUGGCUCUACCAGACCCAGAUCCACCUGGAUGAGGCUGAGAGGCUGGCCCCCGCCGAGAGAGAAAACAUGUUGAAGACCAUGCUGGAGGAGCUGGAGGACAUCAGUCUACGUGUGGACAAUGUGAGGGACCAAGCUAUCAUCCUGAUGACCAGCAGGGGCCCGGCCUGCAGAGAAGUGGUGGAACCAAAACUUGCUGAGCUGAAUUGUAAUUUUGACAAAGUUUCCCAUCACGUCAAAACUGCCAAGAUGAUGGCCAGCCUGGAGUCAGGAGGUGUUGAAAUGAAUCAGCAGGAACCUCAGCCGGUUACUCACAUUCAGGAGAUCCAAUCAGAAAGUCAGAAGCACGUUGUUAAAACGUUGGUCCCCACUGAGAUAAAGGUCCUUCAGGCAGAGCUUCAGGACACACUUAGGGCUCUGCAGCAGGACCCAGUCAGCAUCCAUGACGAUGACAAGAUGGAUGAGGAGAAAGCCAGCGUAGAAGACUUGCUGAGACGGGGAGAAGAGCUGCUGCAGCAAACCCCUGAUGAGGGCCAAAGGGAGGAGUUGAGAGUUAUGCUGCUCCGGCUGCAGAGCCAAUAUUCUGCUCACAGGGAGAUGUCAGCACCAGGUCAGAGCAGCUCAGUGAAUCCCUCUGACUACCUGUUGGAGAUCAACAAAGUUCUUCUUGCUAUGGCCGACAAUGAGCUGCUUCUGAACUCCUCCGAGCUCUGCGGGGGCCUGUAUGAGGACUUUUCCAGCCAGGAGGACACGCUCAGGAAUAUUAAGGAGAAUCUGGAGCGCGUCGGUGAGCAGGUCACAGGGAUCCAUGAGCGCCAGCCUGAUGCCAUCCGAGAGGCCUCUCCUGCUGAGGUGGCCCAAAUGGGGGACGCCCUCACACAGCUCAAUGCCGAGUGGGACCGCCUGAAUCGCAUGUACGAUGAGCGCAAAGGGAGUUUUGAUUGUGCGGUAGAGGAGUGGGGGCGGUUUCACUGUGACUUAAAGGACCUCACUCAGUGGCUGACAGACACAGAAAUGUUACUGUCAGAGAGCAUUGGCCCUGACGGUCAGCUGGACCUGGAAUCUGCACAACAUCAUCAGGAGGAGCUGGAAGAGGGCGUCUCCAGCCACCAGCCUGUCCUGUUUGGCCUGAACCGCACCGGGGAGCAAAUCAUCGGGAAACUUUCAUCUCCUGACGGGUCCCUGCUUACAGAGAAGCUGGAAGUUCUUGGUCAGCGUUGGAGAGCUGUCAACCACCAGGUGUUAGACAGGCAGCGCAGGAUGGCUGGAGGGGACCCCGCCCUGUCAGAGCUGGUGAGAAGGCGUGAGGAGCUCACUGUGUGGCUGGAGCAGGCGGAAAGCGCUGUUAGCUCCCUCCCUGUUUCGGCCACUGACAAAAACCUCAAAGAACUUAAGGCCCUGGCUGAGGAAAUGGACACUCAGAAUGAACGACUUGGUUGGGUGAACAAGCAUGCUCCCAAGAUCUUAGCAAAUGCCAGUGUGAGGCCCCAGAGCAGAGACCAACAUGUUGGAAAACUGAGAGCCAUCAACCUGAAAUGGAGCAAGGUGACCCAGGAAUUACUGGACAAAGUUGGGGAGGUGGAGACCAAUCUGCAGGGUCAUACCCAGUUCCAGGAAAGGAUGAGCAGGCUGACAGACUGGGUUGUUGUCACCCACCAAACAAUCUUGACCCGAGGCUUGAAUCCAGGCCAGGCGCAGGCUCUUGAGGCCUCCAUGAUGGACAGGAAGAAAGACCUGGAGGAUCUGUUGGCUCACUCUAUUGAACUGCAGAAACAGCAGCAGCUGUUGCCUCAGGAAAAGGUUACGAUAGAGCAGCUGGCUACAGAUUGGAAAGCUCUGGACAGCAGACUGAGGGAAUCUCUUCAGCCCUCCGUUUCACCGUGGAUGCAUCACCAACAUGUUGUCCAGCACCAGCAGCUUGUGUCUGCGGUGCCCUCUUCCGUUCAGAUGGGAAGUUUGGUGAGUGAGGACCCUUACCAUCAAACCCCACACACACUGGACACCGUGGCUCCCAAAGACCUCAACCAAACCGCCACCGAACUGGCCGACUGGCUUCUGCUUAUCACCCAGAUGCUCAAAUCUAAUAUAGUCACUGUAGGGGACACAAAGGAAAUCCGGACCACAAUAGGACGCCUCCAGGUUACAAAGUGCGACCUGGAGCAGCGUCAUUCCCAGCUAGAGGACAUUUUCACCUUGGCACAGAACAUCAAAAACAAGACCUCCGAUCUGGAUAUUCGCACAUCCAUUACAGAGAAAUGUGUGUACAAAAUAGUGGAGCGAGUACGCAGCCAGUGGGACAGCACACAGCACGGCGUCGAGGCCCGCCUCCAGCAGCUGGAUAACAUGAUUGGCCACAGCAAUCAGUGGGAAGAGCAGAGAAAAGAGGUGAAGGCCAUGAUUGGACAUCACGAAGGACGUCUCCACACCCUUCUUCAGCGUCCCAAAGAUCCCCUUACUAAACAGCUUGAAGACAGUAAGGAAUUUCUUCUAUCUCUGGGUCGAGGCCAAGCUACCGUCGCAGCCUUUAAUGAGCUGUCCAGUCACCUUUUACGAGAAUAUUCCACCGACGACACCAGGAGGAUCAAAGAAGUCGCAGAGAGGCAGGCUGCCAACUGGAACAGCAUCAACAAUAGGGCGAGUGAUCGUCACUUGCAGUUGGAUGGUGAGCUGAAAGGGGUUCAGGCGUCUCUCAGGGAGCUGGAGUCCUUCCUCAGAUGGCUCCAGGAGGCUGAAACUACAGUCAAUGUCCUGGCUGACGCUUCACAGAGGGAAGACCUGUCUCAGGACUCCGCCCAUGCGAAGGAGCUGAGGCGGCAACUAGAGGUAGGGAUGGAAAUGACAGAGGAGCUGGGAUGCAUGUCUCAGCAGCUGAAUCAGAGCCUGUGGUUUGUGUGUGUGUGUGUGUGUGUGUGUGUGUGUGUGUGUGUGUGCGUGUGUGAGCUCAGCUUUUUGUCUGUGAGUCGCUUCUCACUUGUCAUUUACCCAGACAUUCCCUUUGGGAUCACCUCAUGCUUCAUGUAA